UUCUCCUUUAAUAACGAUACACGAGCUCAUUUCGAUACACCUACAAAAGCUUCAAGUCCUCUUUUCAUACAAUUUCCGCGUACGGUUUUACUUUCCCCGCCUUAUCGUCCCAGGAGAGAUACAAUCAUGCAUCUUAUAAGUUUAAUGCUCACUGCGGGUUUGGCCAGUAUGCCUAUUAUUGCUGCUUAUCCAACAAACAACUUUACCAUACGAGCAGACGAUGCGAGCGAGCAACCCUGGCCCGACAAGCAAGCUCAACCUCCGGCCAACCCACCUGGGCUAGAUGACUGUUACUGGGAAGGUCACUGGCCGUUCUGCAUGUCCAAGUGCGGUCACGGAUACAAGAAAGUGAAGCAGGAUGAGUGUGGAGAUGGUCACUGCUGCUGGCUCGGCAAAAAGACUCUUUGCUGUAUUAUUCCACCUGGGUCAGCCGCAGAAUAAACAGUACCCUAUCUCAGGCUGAAUAGAGCCCUACACGCUUCACGGUUACUUGCACUAUUGCAUAUUGCAUAUCUAUAAUGUUGCGCUAGCGCUCAAUAAUAUAUUACUAUCGAAUAGUCGUGCUAUCACGCUAUUUGAUAAACUUAUACUAUACGGAGUUAAAUAACACA